AUGGGCAGAAAAGUGACGGUGGCCGCCUGCGCCCUGAAUCAGUGGGCGCUGGACUUCGGUGGCAACCUGGAAAGGAUUUUAAAAAGCAUUGAAAUUGCUAAAUGCAAGGGAGCGAGAUAUCGGCUUGGUCCAGAACUUGAGAUUUGUGGCUAUGGCUGUUCGGAUCAUUACUUUGAGUCUGAUACUCUCUUGCAUUCAUUUCAAGCUUUGGCUAAGCUUCUGGAAUCUCCUGUGACUCAGGACAUAAUAUGUGAUGUUGGCAUUCCUGUCAUGCAUCGAAACGUUCGCUACAAUUGCAGAGUGAUCUUCCUAAAUAGGAAAAUCCUCCUUAUAAGACCAAAGAUGGCUUUGGCAAAUACCGGAAACUACAGGGAAAUGCGAUGGUUCACUCCUUGGAACAGAUCACGGCAGGUGGAAGACUAUUUUCUUCCUAGAAUGAUUCAAGAAAUAACAAACCAGGAAAGCGUUCCAUUUGGAGAUGCGGUUCUGGCAACAUUAGAUACCUGCAUAGGGAGUGAGAUCUGUGAAGAGCUGUGGACACCAAACAGUCCCCAUAUUGAAAUGGGAAUUGAUGGAGUGGAGAUCUUCACCAAUUCUUCUGCAAGCCAUCAUGUAUUAAGGAAAGCUCAUACGCGAGUGGAUUUGGUAAACUCUGCAAUGACAAAGAACGGCGGGAUAUAUAUCUUGGCUAACCAGAAGGGCUGCGACGGUGAUCGUCUGUACUAUGAUGGUUGUGCCAUGAUCUGUAUGAACGGCGCCACUGUUGCUCAAGGACUUCAGUUUUCUUUGGACGAUGUGGAAGUCUUGGUUGCCACCCUCGACUUGGAAGAUGUCCGAAGUUACAGGGCAGAAAUAUCGUCUCGAAAUUUAGCAGCAAGCAAAGUGACACCUUAUUGCAGGAUUAAAGUAAAAUUUGCCCUUUCAUGGCCUGAUGACAUAAGCACACCUACAGAUGAGCCAAUCCAGUGGAGGUAUCAUAGUCCAGAGGAAGAGAUCAGCCUUGGCCCUGCUUGCUGGCUUUGGGACUACUUAAGGCGUAGUGCACAGGGAGGAUUUCUCUUACCGCUUAGUGGUGGCGUGGACAGUUCGGCUACAGCCUGCAUUGUGUACUCGAUGUGUCUUCAGGUUUGUUCUGCAGUACGGAAUGGAAAUCAAGGUGUACUGAGUGAUGUGCAUAAGACAGUGAAUGAUAAAGCCUACACACCAAAGGAUCCUCGAGAAUUUUGUAGACGCAUCCUAACAACUUGCUACAUGGCUAGUGAAAACUCUUCUCAGGAUACAUGUGACAGAGCCAAAUCUUUGGCUGAAGAAAUAGGCAGUUAUCAUAUAAACAUAAACAUAGAUGGAGUUGUGAAGGCUGUUUGGGGGGUUUUCAGUGCAGUGAUGGGACGAUUGCCCCAGUACCACGUGUGUGGAGGCAGCAGCUGUGAAAAUCUGGCUUUACAGAAUGUUCAGGCUAGAAUAAGAAUGGUGUUUGCCUACCUGUUUGCACAGCUCUGCCUUUGGUCUCGAGGAAUACCUGGAGGACUGUUAGUGCUUGGAUCAUCUAAUGUGGAUGAAAGUCUUCGGGGUUAUUUCACGAAGUAUGACUGCUCCAGUGCUGAUAUCAACCCUAUUGGCGGAAUCAGCAAGAAUGAUUUGAGAAGUUUCAUACAAUAUUGCCUUGAGAAUUUUCACCUAACAGCGCUUGGAUGUAUUCUUUCUGCACCACCAACCGCAGAGUUAGAGCCACUGAAGGAAGGACAAGUAGCUCAAACGGAUGAGGCAGACAUGGGGAUGACAUAUGCUGAGCUCUCAGUCUACGGCAAAUUAAGGAAAAUAGCCAAAGCAGGACCUUACAGUAUGUUUUGUAAGCUGAUUAACAUGUGGAAACACAUUUGUACCCCAAGAGAGGUGGCAUCAAAGGUUAAGCAUUUCUUCAGAACAUACUCAAUCAAUAGACACAAAAUGACUAUUCUCACCCCAUCCUACCACGCUGCAGACUACAGUCCUGACGACAACCGGUUUGAUCUGAGGCCUUUCCUUUAUAAUUCUGCCUGGUCCUGGCAGUUCAGGUGUAUAGAUGAACAGGUUUCUAAACUGGAAUCGAAGGAAGUGAAUUCGAGACUUGAAGAUGUGGUCUGACUCUUCUGUAUGGC